ACCAGACAUGGAAACAGUACACAUGGACCAGGUUGCCACAGGGUUUCAAAAUACCCAUGAUUUUUGGAGAAGGGCUGGCUUGUGAACUCCAGAAAUUCCCAGCUGAGGAAUUAGAAUGUGUGCUGUUCCAAUGUGUUAUUGACCUCCUUUCAGGACACCCUACCCAGGAGGGCUGAGCCCGAGGCAUGGACUGUCUUUUAUGACAUCUAGAGGUAUGUGGCUACAAUGUAUCCAAAUGAAAGGCCCAGAUUUGCCAGCAGGAAGUACGUUAUCUAAGAUUUACUAUCCAGCAGGGGUAGAGGUAUCUAGGCAUGAAAUAGAGGCAGGUCAUUAAUUGUCUUCUCAACCCCACGAGCCAAAAGCAGGUUUGGAAAUUCUUAGGCCCAGUCGGCUUCUGUCACCUUUGGAUACCCAACUUUGCCGUCUUAGAUAAGCCCUUGUAUGAGGCAACUAAAGGAGAAGAGGGAGAGCUUUUGGAGGGGGGAGGAGAUCAGGAACGUGCCCUCUCCCAGCUAAAGACGAGGCUGGUGGUUGCACCUGCAUUGGGACUGCCAAACUUGACCAAACCCAUUACUCUGUAUGUCUCAGAGAGAGAUAAAUUGGCUAUCGGUGUGUUAACCCAGCUGGUUGGGUCCUGGCCAAGGCCUGUAGCCUGCCUCUCUAAGCAGUUGGAUGGAGUGGUAAAAAGAUGGCCACCCUGCUUACGGGCUCUAGCUGCUACUGCUUUCCUGGUGCAAGAAGCUGAUAAGCUGACUCUAGGGCAGGAUCUCAGAGUGAAAUUACUACACUGUGGUCAAUUUAAUGGACACUAAUGGACAUUUUUGGCUCUCUAAUGCAACACUCUAAACCAAGCCACGCUCCUUCCAGUCAGUGGAAGAGAGACUGAGCAUGACUGUACAGAAGUUAAAGAUAAUGUUUACUCUAGCAGACCUGACUUGCAUGACCAGCGCUGGACAGAUGCAGACUGCGACUUGUAUGUAGAUGGAAGCAGUUACAUGACGGUGCAAGUUGAGUUGUGGGCUGGGUAUGCAGUGGUCACCUUAACAGAGACUGUGGAGGAUAAGCCCGUACCUCAAGGGACAUUGACUCAGAAGGCUGAGUUAAUUGCCUUGACUGGAGUCUUAGAACUAAGUCAAGGGAAAAAUUUGAAUGCUUUUCUGACUCUCCAAGUACACAGGACAUUGUACAAGGAGAAGGGACUAUUAAAUUCUGGGGGAAAAAAGACAUUAAGUAUCAGCAGGAGAUACUUCAGUUGCUAGAGGCAGUAUGGAAACCCCCAAAGGUGGUAGUUAUGCACCGUUGUGGACAUCAAAGAGAUGCUUCCACCAUCACUAAGGGGAACACCAGAGCUGACACUGAGGCAAAGAGGGCUGCCUCCCAGCUAUACCAGGUGUCACCAGUGGCUCCCCUCAUCCCAUGGGUUCUGGAGCUCACCCCUUUCUACCCUCAGGAGGAGAAGGAAUGGUUAUUGGUGGAGGGGAACCAGGAAGCAGAGGGAGGAUAAAUAAAGAUGCCAGACAGACAAGUAGCAGUCCCCCAGACUCUAGGAGCCACUGUGGUGACAGGAGUAUUUGAUGAAGUUGCUGGGCCAGUACUUCUACAUCUCCCACCUGGCAGCCCUGGCCAAAACUGUCAGUCUACAGUGUGUCGCCUGCAGCCAGUUCAACGUGUGCCAAAAAGCAGCGGUACCCCCAGGAAUCCAGUCAUAUGGAGCAAUGCCCUUCGAGGACUUCCAGGUUGACUUUACUAAAUGCCCAGGUUUAGAGGGAACAAAUACUGGCUGAUCAUGGUCUUUCAGACUUGGAAUAGAUAAAAGCCUUCCUCACCAGGAAAAAAGGACUUCUGAAGUAGUAAAGUAUUAUCCAGAGAAAUCGUCCCAUGGUUUAGGUUGCCACUCUGUUUUAAAUUUGACAAUGGGCUAGCCUUAAUAACAGAACUAGUGCAAAUAAUAAGCUAAAGCUUUGAAUAAUUUAUAGGCCUCAAAGCUUAGACAGGGUAAAAUGGAUGAACAGGACCAUAAGAGCAGAAAUUGGUAAACUCUGCCAGGAAGCAAAGCUUAACUGGAUGCAAGCCUUGCCACUGGUGUUGUUCAAAGAGACCUCUGUCAAUUCUCUGCAAUUUAGCAGGAACUCCUGAAAGAACUGGAAAAGACUGAACUGAAAAGACAAAAAGCCUAGAAAGAGUAGCAAGGAAAAUCUCCACUGGGGUAAUUGUGUUCUGUUUAGUCUUUUGUGUCUGUACAUCUUUUCUCUCUGGAAGAUCAAGGAGACCAAGUCUAGGUCUGGAACCAGAACCUGGUCCCCCUGAUACCAAGGUAGAAAGGACUUUACACCAUCAUUCUGACCACACACACAGCAGUGAAAAUGGAAAGAAUCCUCACCUGGAAUCAUCACAGCUGGUGGAAUAGGGCUUCACUGCCCCUUGGAAAGUAAAGGGAGUGUUGACAUUCAAGGACGUGUCUAUUGAAUUCUCUAAGGAUGAGUGGGCCUGCCUGGACCCUGCUCAGCAGCAUUUGUAUCGGGAAGUCAUGUUAGAGACCUACAGAAACCUGGUCUACCUGGGUCUUGCUGUCUGUAAGCCAGACCACAUCAUCUGUCUGGAGCAAAGCAAAGAACCUGGGAAGGUGAAGACACAGCUGACACUACUCAAGCACCAAGCUCUAUCUAAUCAUUCUAUCCAAGACAAUUUGCGAGAGCUGAGCACAAAUAUUUUGUUUCCAGAGAUGAUCCUGAGCAGAUAUCAAAGCUGUGGCUCUGAGAAUUUAAACUUUACAAAUGACUGGGAAGGUGUGUAUGAGUGUACACAGCAGAAAGUAUGUUACAGUGGACAUGAUCAAUGUGUAACAGCUGCACAUGGCAAAGUCUUCCAAUAUAGUAAAUGUCUGAAUGUCUUCAGACAGUUUUCAAAUCUAAAUAGACAUAAGAUGAUAUAUACCUUAGAGAAAACUUUUAAAUGUAAAAAGUAUGGGAAAGCCUCUAAGCUCUGCUCACACAUCACAGAACAUAAGGUAACAAAUACUGGAGAAAAACAAUCCAAAUGCAAAGAAGGUAGCCAAGUCUUCCAAUCUUGCUCAAGACUCCAUAGUGGAGAGAAACUCAACGAGUAUGAAAAUGAUGGCAAAUGUCUUAGCUGUAGAUCAAAGUAUUCCAACCAUGAGAUUUUGAAUAUUGGAGAAAAAACCUACAAAUAUAAGGAAUGUGACAAACAUACUAAGAAAUACUCACACAUUUAUCACAAUAAAAGAAUUCAUUGUGGAGAGAAACGCUACAAAUGUCAAGACUGUGGCAAAGCCUUUAAACAUUACUCAAGCCUUUCUGUACAUAAACUACUUCAUUCUGGAGGGAAACAAUACAAAUGUGAAGAAUGUGGCAAAGCAUUUAUCAGAAACUCACUCCUCUCUAGACAUCAAAUAAUUCAUUCCAGAGAGAAACCUUACAAAUAUCAAGAGAAUGGCAAAGCCUUUAACCAGUACUCAAGCCUCUCUGUACAUCAAAGAAUUCACUCUGGAGAGAAAACCUACAAAUUUCAAGAAUGUGGCAGAACCUUUAAUGUUAAUUCAUCCCUUGCUAAACAUAAAAGUAUUCGCUCUGGAGAGAAAUCAUACAAAUGCCAAGAAUGUGGCAAAUCAUUUAAACAAUUCUCACAUCUUUCUAUACAUCAAAGAAUUCACUCUGGAGAGAAACCCUACAAAUGUCAAGAAUGUGGCAAAGCCUUUAAUAUUAGUUCAUCCCUUACUAGACAUCAAAGAAUUCACUCUGGAGAGAAACCCUACAAAUGUCAAGAGUGUGGCAAAGCCUUUAAUGACAGUUCAUCUCUUACAAGACAUAAAAGAAUUCACUCUGGAGAGAAACCCUACAAAUGUCAAGAAUGUGGCAAAGCCUUUAGCCAGCACUCACAACUUUCUCUACAUCAAAGAAUUCACUCUGGAGAGAAACCCUACAAAUGUGAAGAAUGUGACAAAGCCUUUACCCAGUACUCAAGCCUUUCUGAACAUCAAAGAAUUCAUUCUGGAGAGAAACCGUACAAAUGUCAGGAAUGUGGCAAAGCCUUUAACCGGCACACAAACCUUUCUAGACAUCAAAGAAUUCACUCUGGAGAGAAACCCUACAAAUGUCAAGAAUGUGACAAAGCCUUUACCCAGUACUCAAGCCUUUCUGAACAUGAAAGAAUUCACUCUGGAGAGAAACCCUACAAAUGUCAAGAAUGCGGCAAAGCCUUUACGCGGCACUCAUACUUUUCUGAACAUCAAAGAAUUCACUCUGGAGAGAAACCCUACAAAUGUCAAGAAUGUGGCAAAACCUUUAACUGGCACUCACACCUUUCUGAACAUCAAAGACUUCAUUCUGGAGAGAAACCCUACAAAUGUCAAGAAUGUGGCAAAGCCUUUACCCGGCACUCAGGCCUUUCUAUGCAUCAAAGAAUUCACUCUGGAGAGAAACCCUACAAAUGUCAAGAAUGUAGCAAAGCCUUUAAUAUUAGUUCAUCCUUUGCUAGACAUCAAAGAAUUCACUCUGGAGAGAAACCCUACAAAUGUCAAGAAUGUGGUAAAGCCUUUAAUGUUAGUUCAUCCCUUACUAAACAUGAAAGAAUUCACUCUAGAACAGUGGUUCUCAACCUUCCUAAUGCCGCAGCCCUUUAAUAUUGUUCCUAUCGGUUGCGACCCACAGUUUGAGGACCUCUGCUCUAGAGAGAAACCCUAUGAAUAUCAAGAAUGUGGCAAAACCUUUAACCAGCACUCACACCUUUCUGAACAUCAAAGAAUUCACUCUGGAGGGAAACCCUACAAAUAUCAAGAAUGUGGAAAACCCUUUAAACACUACUCAAGCCUUUCAGUACAUACAAGAAUUCAUUCUGGAUAGAAAUCCUACAAAUGUCAAGAAUGUGGCAAUGCCUUUUAUGAGUACUUAAGCCUUUCUGUACAUCUAAGAAUUCACACUGGUGAGAAACCCUACAAAUGUCAAGAAUAUGGCAAAACCUUGAACCAGUACUCAAGCUUUUCUGUACAUAAAAGAAUUUGCUGUGGGGAAGAACCCUACCAAUGUAAAAAAUGUGGCAAAGCCUUUCUUUACAUCAUGGAAUUCACUCUGGAGAGAAACCCUACAAAUGUCAAGAAUGUUGCAAAAAUUUAUUUAUUUUAUUUAGUUGUUUUGCAUUUUUUUGCCAGGGCUGGGUUUCAAUCCACCACCUCCAGCAUAUGGGGCUGCCACCCUACUCCUUUGACCCACCUGUGGCAAUACUGUUAACUAGCACUCAAGCCUUUCUGUACAUCAAAGAAUUCACUCUGGAGAGAAACCCUACAAAUGUCAAGAAUGUGGCAAACCCUUUACUUAGCACUCACAUCUUUCUGAACAGCAAAGAGUUCACUAUGGUGAGAAACCAUACAAAUGUAAAGAAUGUGGCAAAGCCUUUAGCUGAUACUCACACCUUUCUAAACAUCAAAGAAUUUACUCUGGACAUAAACUUUACAAAUUUGAAAAAUGUGUUAAAGGCUUUUAAUGUAGGUCAACUAGUAGUACAUGUGAAAGAAUUUGUUGUGGAGAGAAACUCUAGAAAGGUAAAAAAUGUGGC